UCCAGUUCUCAUCCCCGCAGGACGGUGACAUUAGCCUUGUGUCUGGAAAAAAGAUAAUUUUUCCACUAAUUUAGGCACUUUGAAGGUGAAAACAUGCGGGCUACCGUAGCACUAUUUGCUGUCUUUGCAGUAGCACUAACUGUCGAUGCCACCGUGUAUUUUAAGGAGCAGUUUCUGGAUGGAGAUGGUUGGAAGAGUCGUUGGGUGGAGUCCAAACACAAAUCUGACUAUGGACAGUGGAAAUUGAGCGCCGGCAAGUUCUACGGCGAUGCUGAGUUGGACAAAGGCCUCCAGACGAGCCAGGACGCCCGUUUCUAUGCCGUUUCCAGCCGCUUCGAGCCAUUUAGCAACGAGGGGAAACCCCUCGUGAUCCAGUUUACCGUGAAACACGAGCAGAAGAUCGACUGUGGUGGAGGGUACGUCAAAAUCUUCCCCGCCGACCUGGAUCAGGCGAACAUGCACGGAGACUCAGAGUACUACAUCAUGUUUGGGCCAGAUAUAUGUGGUUACAGCACUAAGAAAGUUCAUGUCAUCUUCAACUACAAAGGCCAAAACCAUCUGAUCAAGAAGGACAUCAGAUGCAAGGAUGACGAGCUGACGCACCUGUACACGCUCAUCCUGAAGCCCGACCAGACCUACGAGGUCCGGAUCAACAACGAGAAGGUGGAGUCCGGAUCUCUGGAGGAAGACUGGGACUUCCUGCCCUCAAAAACCAUCAAAGACCCGGAUGCCAAGAAACCAGAGGACUGGGACGAUCGCGCCACCAUCGACGAUCCGGAAGACACCAAACCAGAGGACUGGGACAAACCAGAGAACAUUCCUGAUCCUGAUGCUAAGAAGCCCGACGACUGGGAUGAGGACAUGGAUGGAGAAUGGGAACCACCAAUGAUUCCAAACCCAGAAUACAAGGGAGAGUGGAAGCCAAAGCAGAUUGACAACCCCAACUACAAAGGAGCCUGGGUGCAUCCCGAAAUUCCCAAUCCGGAAUACUCGCCAGACGAUUCCAUUUACAAGUUCGACAACAUCGCUGUCCUGGGCCUGGACCUGUGGCAGGUGAAGUCUGGAACCAUCUUUGAUAAUUUCCUGAUCACAGACGACGUGAUGGAGGCUGAGAACUUCGGGAAAGAGACUUGGGGUGCCACAAAGGGACCAGAGAAAAAAAUGAAGGAGAAGCAGGAGGAAGAGGAGAGAAAACAGAGAGAAGAAGAGGAGAAGAACAAGAAGAAAGACGAGGGUGACGACGAUGACGAUGACGAUGAAGAAGAGGAAAAGGAAGACGGGGAUGAAGAUGAACCAGAGGAAGACGAGGGCACAGAUGAAACCAGCCCACUGGAUGAUGACGAGGAGGAGGAGGAGUCUGACAAGCCCAAUAAAGAUGAACUGUGAGGAGGAGCUGAGGCGUGGGCUGUUUACCUGGGCCUGCUCUCCUAACGCUGGAGCAUCAGCAGGUCUCCUCUAACUCAGUCGUACUACAGGGAUAUGGCCUCACACGGCAGCGCUCCUGCCACGGACUUGGGUGGGAUUGGGAAGUGGGUUUUAGGGUUUUUUUUUUUUUUUUUUGGUGUUGA